GGGCGAGUGCACCAGGCGCUCGCUCCCUGCGGAGCGCUCCUUGCCUGCCAGAGCCUUUGCCAGGGGAUGAGGUGGGAGGCGCUAGAAACCACUUCGCUACAGCCAACCGCCCAAUGCAGCACUCGCUAGCUCCCCCCGCCAACAGAAGCGCCCGCGGAGCACAAUGCAGCACUGAGGCAGCGCCGCGGUGGAGGCUGCAGCGCCACGGCCGCCGCAGCAUCGGCCGGGGCUGGGAAGGGGCGGCCCAGGCGAGCCGGGGGACUCUGGGCGAAGGACCCGGACCAGCUGCUCGGGCAUGAGGAGCUGAGCGUCUCCAGCGAGGCGGGCUGACGGCACACCAUGCAGGCGGCGGCGGCUGCGUCCGUGCCCUUCUUGCUGCUCUGCGCCCUGGGGACCUGUCCCUCGGCGCGCUGCGGCCGGGCAGGAGACGCCUCGUUGACGGAGCUGGAGAGGAGGAACGAAAACCGCUUCCUGGAGCGCCAGAGCAUCGUGCCGCUCAGGCUCAUCUACCGCUCUGGCGGCGAAGACGAAACCGGGCAUGACGCGCUCGACACUCGGGUGCGGGGCGACCCUGGCGGCGGACAGUUGACUCAUGUUAACCAGGCAAGCUUCCAGGUUGAUGCCUUUGGAACAUCAUUCAUUCUCGAUGUCGUGCUGAACCAGAAACCAGUGGCCUUCAGUGUUUGAUUGAAAAGGAUUUUCACUUUUAUCUUUCAAAAUUCACAAAGAAGCAUUUAUACAUCAAUUCUGCGCAAGCUGUGAACAUGGAUGAAUUCUACCUGAUCAAUUUGCUGUAAAAUAAAAUUUCCCAUAUAUUAAGGAUAUACUCCAUGUUCCUACAUUUAAGAUUAUUUGAGCAGAUCUCUCCUUAACAAUAAACAAUAAAGAACUAAGGAAAAGAACUUAGGUAAUUUUGGUUAUCUCUACUUUGGGAGGCUUGAAGAAAACUUACUUAGGUUCUAAGUUGAUGGUAGUAAGGAUUUUAUGCUUCAGUAGAGAAAAAAGUGACAUUUUAAAUAGAAAGUUUUUCAGCCUAAUAAUUAAACUAACAAUACUUACAGACUCCUGCAAUAUUGCAAACAAACAAAUCCAGAUUGCAUGGGCUCAUUUUGGUUUAAAUAGCAAGGAGCUCUUUCUAGAAAUACUUGUAGGAAGAGGCUUGAUUGAAAUAGCUGCAUAAUUCCUGAGCAAAGAAAAUUUUUUUGCUGUAAUUACAUCCGUGUGGUGAUUCAUAUUCUCUUAAUUCGUAGACUGUAUAAUUCAAAGGAAAAUGUUCCCUUGAUAUUUGAAAACCUGGAAGACUCAAAAAUUGUUUUUUUAAAAAUUAUUAUUAUUAUUAUUAUUAUUAUUAUUAUUAUUAUUAUUACUGCUGCUACUACAGCUGCACAUUCUCUAAGGACUAUUUUACAUAGGAGCUUUUGAUUUCACUCAUGCUAGCUCCAAUAAUGAGGAUUUACUUAUGUGUCAGUGCUGGAGAAAGAUCCCGCAGAUACCCAGCAUCAGGGAUGGGCUGUUUUGGAUUCAGGGACCUAAGCAGUGCAGGUUUGGGGCUUUCACUUUGGUAUUCACCACUGGCACAACUCAGUUUUACUCAAGUGUCUGCCUAUUUUUUAUUUUUCUCUUUCCUCAAACAGCUGAAUGAUUUUAUUUUGAGUUUACUAGUUCAGGUUUCCAAGAGAAGGAAGCUGGUUGGCUGUGCUAAUAAACCCUGCUUCUGUAUGGUAAUUUUUCUCUCCCACUUCGGGGGAAGUUGUUUGAGACCAAUAGUAAAGUUAGGGGGCCAUCUUUUGCCAACAUCUGGCUGGUACCUUUCCUGUUUGAGAUAUGGCCUUGGAUACACAACAGGGUGGGAUUGGACGGUGGAGCCAUGCCAAGUUUUGCUCAAGGCAGAGCUUUACCACGCAGCUUCACUAUUUUGUUAGAAGCCUUUAGAAAUUUGUGAAAUAUCUGACAUAGCCAUGAUAAAAAAAAUAAAAAAAGACAACUGUCGGUUGGUUGUACACCAGCUGUUCUCUCCACCACUCUCCUUCCCUCUAAUGUUGUUCGACUCUUUCUGAGCAGUUAUGAUGUUCAUCAGAGGCCCUGGAGGAAGAGAAUGUUGAUUGUUCAAAGACAGAUGUCCUUGUCAAAGGAUUAGUUUUGGUGUGGCCAAGUAAUGUAAUUCUGGCAAAGUAUGCUUGAGAAGAUGAAAUGCUAGGGACUUGUUGUGAAGAGUUUGCCGACUUUUGAAAGAAAUACAGAGUUUCAUGGGGAUGUGAAAUACAGUCUGGGCAAUAUAGUCAAUAAUGUUGUAGAGACUAUAUAGGGUGUCAGAUGGGCACUGGACUUAUUGGAGGGGUAACUGCAUAGAAUGUGUAGAUGCCUGACCACUGUACUGUACA